UUCUUCAUCAUCAUUUAUACAUAUAUUUUGUAUUUGUAUAUCAAUCAUAUAUCUGGCCUAUUCAUUUCCAAAACAUGAUGAAUGUUGAUUUUUCCAAAAGAUUAGAAGGAAAAGUCGCGAUAAUUACGGGUGGUGCUAGCGGUAUUGGAGAGACCACGGUGAGGUUGUUUGCUAAACACGGUGCCAAAAUUUUGAUAGCCGACGUGCAAGACGCCUUAGGGAUUUCUCUUUGUAAUGAUUUGGUAUCUGAUCAAUCAUUUGAAACCGUAUUUGUUCACUGUGAUGUUACUAAAGAAGCCGAUGUGAAAAACGUGGUCGACAUUGCUAUUACCAAAUUUGGAAAACUCGACAUCAUGUUUAGUAAUGCUGGCAUCCCAGGGAAUCCGGAUUUUUCAAUACUAGACUUUGAUAAAGAGAACUAUACUCGGGUUUUUGAUGUUAAUGUGUUGGGGUCAUUUUUGGUAGCCAAACACGCUGCCAGAGUUAUGAUCCCCGAAAAAAGUGGGGUGAUUUUGUUUACUUCAAGUACGGCGUCAGUGUGUGCUGGCGUGACACCAAAUUCGUAUACAGUGUCAAAACACGCGAUUGUGGGGUUAAUCAAAAACUUGUGUGUUGAAUUAGGACAAUACGGGAUUCGUGUGAAUUGUAUCUCACCAAGCUCUGUUGCAACGCCGAUGUUGACUAGUGUAACGGGAUUGGAUAAGACGGUGUUAGAUGAUGUUAUGUGUGCUUCGUCGGUCUUGAAAGAGGUCAACCCAUCCGCGGAUGAUGUGGCCCAGGCCGCAUUGUAUUUAGCAAGUGGUGAAUCCAAGUUUGUUAAUGGGCUUAAUUUGGUGGUUGAUGGUGGUUAUAGCACCACUAAUCAAGAUUAUCGUAGGCUAUUACAACAAAGGUUUGAAAAUCCUCCACCAUUGUUGUAGAGAGAUUUUCUCUUAACAUUGCAUAUUUGUUCUUAAAUAGUUGCUUCUAUUUGUAAAACCAUGUUUCUUGUGUAACGAAAGAACAUAAACAUAUUGAGAAAACCUCAAUAUUAGCUUUGCUCA